GGCACCUAAGGGGCGUCGGCACGGGGAAGAGUGUUUGUGUAACACUGCCUGCUGCGCUUAGGGGGUGGAAUGGAGGCGGUUGUCAGUGCAGGGGCUCUCGGGAGGGACGGAUAUAGCUGUGACACUGCCGCGACGCUUUGAGGGACUGUGUUGGUGUGGUACCGGUGCACGCUUAAAGGAGCAGGCGGAACCAGAUGGCCAUGGGCAUGUGGGCAUCUCUGGACCCACUGUGGGAGAUCCCAGCCGAGAAGCGUAUCUUUGGGGCCGUGCUCCUCUUCUCCUGGACGGUGUAUCUCUGGGAGACCUUCCUAGCACAGCGUCAGAGACGAAUAUAUAAAACAACAACUCAUGUACCACUGGAGUUAGGACAGAUCAUGGAUUCAGAAACGUUUGAGAAGUCUCGACUCUAUCAGCUGGAUAAAAGUACCUUCAGCUUCUGGUCAGGACUCUACUCAGAGAUUGAAGGCACUCUUAUUCUUCUCUUUGGAGGAAUCCCUUAUCUCUGGAGACUUUCUGGACGGUUCUGCAGCAGUGCUGGCUUUGGGCCAGAAUAUGAGAUCACUCAGUCCUUGGUGUUUCUGCUGAUGGCUACACUCUUCAGUGCGUUGACUGGUUUGCCGUGGAGUCUUUAUAAUACUUUUGUGAUAGAAGAAAAACAUGGUUUCAAUCAGCAGACUUUGGGAUUCUUCAUAAAAGAUGCCAUCAAAAAAUUUAUUGUAACUCAGUGCAUUUUAUUGCCUGUGUCUUCACUUCUGCUUUACAUUAUUAAAAUUGGGGGUGACUAUUUUUUUAUUUAUGCCUGGCUGUUCACAUUAGUUGUUUCUCUGGUGCUUGUCACAAUCUAUGCUGAUUAUAUUGCCCCUUUAUUUGACAAAUUUACACCUCUACCUGAGGGACAGCUUAAACAAGAAAUUGAAGUAAUGGCAAAGAGUAUUGACUUUCCUUUGACUAAGGUGUAUGUUGUUGAAGGAUCUAAACGCUCUUCCCACAGCAAUGCUUAUUUUUAUGGCUUCUUCAAGAACAAGCGAAUAGUUUUGUUUGACACUCUACUAGAAGAGUAUUCUGUCCUAAACAAAGAAAUCCAGGAGGAGUCUGGCAUGGAGCCCCGCAAUGAUGGAGAAGGGGACAGUGAAGAAGUAAAAGCUAAAGUUAAAAAUAAGAAACAAGGAUGUAAAAACGAGGAGGUACUUGCUGUGCUAGGCCAUGAACUGGGGCAUUGGAAGUUGGGACACACAGUCAAAAACAUCAUUAUUAGCCAGAUGAAUUCUUUCCUGUGUUUCUUCUUGUUUGCUGUGUUAAUUGGUCGAAAGGAGCUUUUUGCUGCAUUUGGAUUUUUUGACAGCCAACCCACUCUCAUCGGACUGUUGAUCAUCUUCCAGUUUAUUUUUUCACCUUACAAUGAGGUUCUUUCUUUUUGCCUAACAGUCCUAAGCCGCAGAUUUGAGUUUCAAGCGGAUGCAUUUGCUAAGAAACUUGGGAAGGCUAAAGACUUAUAUUCUGCUUUAAUCAAGCUGAACAAGGAUAACUUGGGAUUCCCUGUUUCUGACUGGCUGUUCUCAAUGUGGCAUUAUUCUCAUCCUCCGCUACUAGAAAGACUUCAGGCUUUGAAAAAUUCCAAACAAGACUGAGUUGCCCAGGAUCUCCAACUGAAGACAUUUCUGAUUAUUCCUGUCCUGACAGCAUGUUCCAGCUCUUGAUUUUUUUUAACUUUUUUUUAAAGAAAAUUAUUAAGUACAGUAAAGCCCAGAUGACAAUACAUUUACUAUCUCAUUUCAAAAAUUAUUUUAAUAAUCCAUGUUUUGGCUGGUGUGGCUCAGUGGAUUGAGUGCCAGCCUGUGAACCGAAAGGUCGCGGGUUCGAUUCCCAGUCAGGGCACAUGCCUGGGUUGCGGGC